GAAGCUAAACGUAAUUAAAUGUGCAGGAUGAAAAGAUGGCCCAGGCACUGCUGGUACCCCCGGGACCUGAGAGCUUCCGCCUUUUCACUCGAGAAUCUCUUGCUGCUAUCGAAAAGCGUGCUGCAGAAGAGAAAGCCAAGAAACCCAAGAAAGAACAAGACAUUGAUGAUGAGAACAAACCAAAGCCAAACAGUGACUUGGAAGCUGGAAAGAGCCUUCCAUUUAUCUAUGGAGACAUUCCUCCAGAGAUGGUGUCGGAGCCUCUGGAGGACCUGGACCCCUACUAUGUCAGUAAGAAAACUUUUGUAGUGUUGAAUAAAGGGAAGGCAAUCUUUCGAUUCAGCGCCACCUCCGCCUUGUAUAUUUUAACUCCACUAAACCCUGUUAGGAAAAUUGCUAUUAAGAUUUUGGUACACUCUUUAUUCAGCAUGCUUAUCAUGUGCACUAUUCUGACCAACUGUGUAUUUAUGACGUUGAGUAAUCCUCCAGACUGGACAAAGAACGUGGAGUAUACAUUCACUGGGAUCUAUACCUUUGAGUCACUUAUAAAGAUCUUGGCAAGAGGAUUUUGCUUAGAAGAUUUCACAUUCCUUCGUGACCCAUGGAACUGGCUGGAUUUCAGUGUCAUCGUGAUGGCGUAUGUGACAGAGUUUGUGGACCUGGGCAAUGUCUCAGCGCUGAGAACGUUCAGAGUUCUCCGAGCAUUGAAAACAAUAUCAGUCAUUCCAGGUUUAAAGACCAUCGUGGGGGCCCUGAUCCAAUCAGUGAAGAAGUUGUCUGACGUCAUGAUCCUCACUGUGUUCUGUCUCAGUGUGUUUGCUCUGAUCGGGCUGCAGCUGUUCAUGGGCAACCUGAGGAAUAAAUGCUUGCAGUGGCCCCCAAGCGAUUCUGCUUUUGAAACCAACACUACUUCCUUCUUCAAUGGCACAAUGGGCUCAAAUGGGACAUUUGUUAAUGUAACAAUGAGCACAUUCAGCUGGAAGGAUUAUAUCGCAGAUGACAGCCACUUUUAUGUUUUGGAUGGACAAAAAGAUCCUUUACUCUGUGGAAAUGGCUCUGAUGCAGGACAAUGUCCAGAAGGGUAUAUCUGUGUGAAGGUUGGACGAAACCCCAACUAUGGCUACACAAGCUUUGACACGUUCAGCUGGGCCUUCUUGUCCCUGUUUCGACUCAUGACCCAAGACUACUGGGAGAAUCUUUACCAGCUGACAUUGCGUGCAGCUGGGAAAACCUACAUGAUAUUUUUCGUCCUGGUAAUUUUCCUGGGCUCAUUUUAUUUGGUGAACUUGAUCCUGGCUGUGGUGGCCAUGGCCUAUGAAGAACAGAACCAGGCCACGUUGGAGGAGGCAGAGCAGAAGGAGGCGGAGUUUCAGCAGAUGCUGGAGCAACUUAAGAAGCAGCAGGAAGAAGCUCAGGCAGUGGCUGCAGCCUCAGCAGCAUCCAGAGACUUCAGUGGGAUAGGAGGGUUAGGAGAACUUCUGGAGAGUUCUUCAGAAGCUUCCAAGUUGAGCUCCAAGAGUGCCAAGGAGUGGAGGAACCGGAGGAAGAAGAGGAGACAGAGGGAGCACUUGGAGGGAAACCACAGAGCCGAAGGAGACAGGUUUCCUAAGUCGGAAUCUGAAGACAGCGUCAAGCGAAGAAGCUUCCUGUUCUCCCUGGAUGGGAACCCGCUGACCGGCGACAAGAAGCUGUGCUCUCCUCAUCAGUCUCUCUUGAGUAUCCGUGGCUCCCUGUUUUCCCCGAGACGCAAUAGCAAAACGAGCAUUUUCAGCUUCAGAGGUCGGGCGAAGGACGUGGGGUCUGAGAAUGACUUUGCGGAUGAUGAGCACAGCACCUUUGAAGAUAGCGAGAGCAGGAGAGACUCACUGUUUGUGCCGCACAGACCUGGAGAGCGACGCAACAGUAACGUUAGUCAGGCCAGUAUGUCAUCCAGGAUGGUGCCAGGGCUUCCAGCAAAUGGGAAGAUGCACAGCACUGUGGAUUGCAAUGGUGUGGUUUCCUUGGUGGGUGGACCCUCAGCUCUUAAGUCACCUACUGGACAGCUUCUGCCAGAGGUGAUAAUACAUAAACCAGCUACUACUGACAUAUUUGGUUUGCAGGGUACCACCACUGAAACGGAAGUCAGGAAGAGGAGGCUAAGUUCUUACCAGAUUUCCAUGGAAAUGCUGGAGGAUUCCUCUGGAAGACAAAGAGCCAUGAGCAUAGCCAGUAUCCUGACCAACACCAUGGAGGAACUUGAAGAAUCUAGACAGAAAUGUCCACCAUGCUGGUAUAGAUUUGCCAAUGUGUUUUUGAUCUGGGACUGCUGUGACGCAUGGUUAAAAGUGAAGCAUCUUGUGAAUUUAAUUGUGAUGGAUCCAUUUGUUGAUCUUGCCAUAACAAUUUGCAUCGUGCUAAAUACACUGUUUAUGGCCAUGGAGCACUAUCCCAUGACCCAGCAGUUCAGCAGUGUGCUGGCUGUGGGAAACCUGGUCUUCACUGGGAUCUUCACAGCCGAAAUGGUCCUUAAAAUCAUUGCCAUGGAUCCCUAUUAUUAUUUCCAAGAGGGUUGGAAUAUUUUUGAUGGAAUUAUUGUUAGCCUGAGUUUAAUGGAGCUUGGCCUGGCAAACGUGGAGGGGCUGUCCGUGCUUCGGUCCUUCAGACUGCUGCGAGUCUUCAAGUUGGCAAAAUCCUGGCCCACACUGAAUAUGCUCAUUAAGAUCAUCGGGAACUCGGUGGGCGCACUGGGCAACCUGACCCUGGUGUUGGCCAUCAUCGUCUUCAUUUUUGCCGUGGUCGGCAUGCAGCUGUUUGGAAAGAGCUACAAGGAGUGUGUCUGCAAGAUCAACGAGGACUGCAAGCUGCCGCGCUGGCACAUGCACGACUUCUUCCAUUCCUUCCUGAUCGUGUUCCGUGUGCUGUGUGGAGAGUGGAUAGAGACCAUGUGGGACUGCAUGGAGGUCGCGGGCCAGACCAUGUGCCUUAUUGUGUUCAUGUUGGUCAUGGUGAUUGGGAACCUUGUGGUUCUGAACCUCUUUCUGGCCUUAUUGUUGAGCUCUUUUAGUUCAGACAACCUUGCUGCUACGGAUGAUGAUAACGAAAUGAACAACCUCCAGAUCGCAGUGGGAAGGAUGCAAAAGGGGAUUGAUUAUGUGAAAAAUAAGAUACAGGAGUGCUUCCGAAAAGCAUUUUUUAGAAAGCCAAAAGUGAUAGAAAUUCACGACGGCAACAAAAUAGACAGCUGCAUGUCCAAUAACACAGGCGUUGAAAUAAGCAAAGAGCUUAACUACCUUAAAGAUGGCAAUGGAACCACCAGUGGCGUAGGUACCGGAAGCAGUGUGGAGAAAUAUGUAAUCGAUGAAAAUGACUACAUGUCAUUCAUCAACAACCCCAGCCUCACCGUGACUGUGCCCAUUGCUGUGGGAGAGUCUGACUUUGAGAAUUUAAAUACGGAAGAGUUCAGCAGUGAGUCAGAACUGGAAGAGAGCAAGGAGAAAUUAAAUGCAACCAGCUCUUCUGAAGGAAGCACAGUUGAUGUUGCCCCACCCCGAGAAGGUGAACAAGCUGAAACUGAACCCGAGGAGGACCUUAAGCCAGAAGCUUGCUUUACUGAAGGAUGCAUUAAAAAAUUUCCCUUCUGUCAAGUAAGUACAGAAGAAGGUAAAGGAAAAAUCUGGUGGAAUCUUAGGAAGACCUGCUAUAGCAUUGUGGAACACAACUGGUUUGAGACAUUCAUUGUGUUCAUGAUUCUCCUCAGUAGUGGCGCUUUGGCCUUUGAAGACAUUUAUAUCGAGCAGCGGAAGACCAUCAAGACCAUGCUGGAGUAUGCUGACAAGGUCUUCACUUACAUCUUCAUCCUGGAGAUGCUUCUAAAGUGGGUGGCCUAUGGAUUUCAAACCUAUUUCACCAAUGCCUGGUGCUGGCUGGACUUCCUGAUUGUUGAUGUUUCUUUGGUUAGCCUGGUAGCCACUGCUCUUGGUUAUUCAGAACUUGGUGCCAUCAAAUCUCUCCGGACACUGAGAGCUCUCAGGCCGCUCCGAGCCUUAUCCCGUUUUGAAGGCAUGAGGGUGGUUGUGAACGCUCUUGUUGGCGCAAUCCCCUCCAUCAUGAAUGUGCUACUGGUGUGCCUCAUCUUCUGGUUGAUCUUUAGUAUCAUGGGUGUAAAUCUGUUUGCUGGAAAGUUCUAUCACUGUGUUAACAUGACUACCGGCAACAUGUUUGACAUGAGUGAAGUCAACAAUUUCAGCGACUGUCAGGCUCUUGGCAAGCAAGCCCGGUGGAAGAAUGUGAAAGUCAACUUUGACAACGUUGGGGCCGGCUACCUGGCAUUGCUGCAAGUGGCCACAUUCAAAGGCUGGAUGGAUAUUAUGUAUGCAGCUGUUGAUUCACGGGAUGUCAAACUGCAGCCUGUAUAUGAAGAAAAUCUGUACAUGUAUCUGUACUUUGUCAUCUUCAUCAUCUUCGGGUCGUUCUUCACUCUGAAUCUAUUCAUCGGUGUCAUCAUAGACAACUUUAACCAGCAGAAGAAAAAGUUUGGAGGUCAAGACAUCUUUAUGACAGAAGAACAGAAAAAAUACUACAAUGCAAUGAAGAAACUUGGCUCCAAAAAACCUCAGAAGCCCAUCCCUCGGCCUGCAAACAAAUUUCAAGGGAUGGUCUUCGACUUUGUAACCAGACAAGUGUUUGACAUCAGCAUCAUGAUCCUCAUCUGUCUGAACAUGGUGACCAUGAUGGUGGAAACGGACGACCAGAGCAAAUACAUGACCCUGGUUUUGUCCCGAAUCAACCUGGUGUUCAUCGUCCUCUUCACUGGGGAGUUUCUGCUGAAGCUCAUCUCUCUCAGAUACUACUACUUCACAAUAGGGUGGAACAUCUUUGACUUUGUGGUGGUGAUCCUCUCGAUUGUGGGAAUGUUCCUUGCUGAGCUGAUAGAGAAGUAUUUCGUGUCCCCUACCCUGUUCCGAGUCAUCCGCCUGGCCAGGAUUGGACGAAUCCUACGCCUGAUUAAAGGCGCCAAGGGGAUCCGCACACUGCUCUUUGCUCUGAUGAUGUCACUUCCUGCCCUGUUCAACAUCGGCCUCCUGCUUUUCCUGGUCAUGUUCAUAUACGCCAUCUUUGGGAUGUCCAACUUUGCUUAUGUUAAAAAGGAGGCUGGAAUUGAUGACAUGUUCAACUUUGAGACUUUUGGCAACAGUAUGAUCUGCCUGUUCCAAAUCACCACCUCUGCAGGCUGGGAUGGACUGCUGGCUCCCAUCCUUAACAGUGCACCCCCCGACUGUGACCCCGAUGCAAUUCACCCUGGAAGCUCGGUGAAGGGGGACUGUGGAAAUCCAUCUGUGGGGAUUUUCUUUUUUGUCAGCUACAUCAUCAUAUCCUUCCUGGUUGUGGUGAACAUGUACAUCGCUGUCAUCCUGGAGAACUUCAGCGUUGCCACUGAAGAAAGUGCUGAGCCCCUGAGUGAGGACGACUUUGAGAUGUUCUACGAGGUCUGGGAGAAGUUCGACCCUGACGCCACUCAGUUCAUAGAGUUCUGCAAGCUCUCUGACUUUGCGGCUGCCCUGGAUCCUCCCCUCCUCAUCGCAAAGCCAAACAAAGUCCAGCUCAUUGCCAUGGACCUGCCCAUGGUGAGUGGAGACCGCAUCCACUGCCUGGACAUCUUAUUUGCUUUUACAAAGCGGGUCCUGGGUGAGAGCGGAGAGAUGGAUGCCCUUCGAAUCCAGAUGGAAGAUCGGUUCAUGGCUUCUAAUCCCUCCAAGGUCUCUUAUGAGCCCAUUACCACGACUCUGAAACGCAAACAAGAGGAGGUGUCUGCUGCUAUCAUUCAGCGUAAUUACAGAUGUUAUCUUUUAAAACAAAGGUUAAAAAACAUAUCAAGUAAAUAUGACAAAGAGACAAUCAAGGGAAGGAUUGACUUACCUAUAAAAGGAGAUAUGGUUAUUGACAAAUUAAAUGGGAAUUCCACCCCAGAAAAGACUGAUGGGAGUUCCUCUACCACCUCUCCUCCUUCCUAUGACAGUGUAACAAAACCAGAUAAGGAAAAGUUCGAGAAAGACAAACCGGAAAAAGAAAGCAAAGGGAAAGAGGUCAGAGAGAAUCAAAAGUAA